CAAGGGGGCGUUAUCAGAUUUUCACUAAAUUCAGUUUUAGGGAACCUAGAACACCGUUGCCGUAUGGGUGAAAGGCUGAAACCAUAAUAAACUUUACCAUGCCUUUGAGGCACUGCAGUUCCGUCAUGUAGUUUUGGCUUGUAAAGUGUGUCUAUUACACCUGCUUGGAGAUGUUAUCUGAGUUUGGGCAGUAUGGUCUGUCUCUUUCCUCAGCUCUGCAGUAAGCAGGCAUCCUAAAGGAGCAUUUGUGAAGGGGCUUUGCAGCAUGGAACAGGGUCCACGAUUGUGUCUAUUGGGGCCCGAAUCUCCCCUGCACACUGAGGUCUGUCACUGAUUGCUCAAGUGGUGUUUUUCUUUGCUUUCUAGUCGUGUGUCAAGAUGGAAAUGUGGGUCACUGGGAUCACAUUUAAUGUCAUGAAUGCAGAUAAACUGUUUUGGAUUCCAUGUGCUUUCAUACUAAACGGAAUGCCGUAAAAUACAGGGCUGGCAUUACCACUUCUAACAGCUUUCAUUAAAAGUCUAAAUAGCAUUUUAAGGUGAGAGGGCACUGCCUUUAUGGACUGUAGAUGGUCCUUUUCCAAACUAGCCCCAACAACGUUGGAAUAAUAAAAUUGUCCAUGGUGUCUUGUUAAGAUUAAGGAUGGAGAACCAGCGAGAACUAACAUCGAUCCCUGAUAAUAAAUGAAUUGAUUAAGAUAUGUGUUCUGUCAAAAUAAACACAAAAAAUCAACUGCCUCCCACUUGUUUACAAGAAUGUUAACAUUCUCAGAACUGGAAUGUGGUGUAGACUCAUGAGUGCCACUUGGCUGUAGUAGAAACAUUACUCUGUGUGUGUGUUUUAAGGUGGUAGGAGGCUGAUGUUUUUUCAGCCAACCUGCAAUGCAAAUGGGUGGAGUUAACGGGACCUCUUGGGGAAGGGAAAUGUUUUCCAAAGAGCUUUUAAACAUUUUGGAGUGGCAUCGAGUAUGAACGUAUAGCAGAGAAUCUUUCACGUUCGCAGAGUUGGGGACUGUGCAGUUAUUGAUCACUGCAAGAUGUUUUGGUGACUACACCCUGGAAACCGUAUCAUUUGGCCUUUAGAAUAACAAUGGCUACAACAGCUCUGACGGGUUUCUCCAUGAUGAGUCUGCUCAGCCUCGGAUACCUGUCAUGGGAUCUGAUGAGUCCUAAUCAGGUGGAAAAAGAGCCGGGUCACACUUUCGGUGGGGGGUCUCUCGGUCCAAAGCCUCCUCACAUAAUCUUCAUCAUGACAGAUGAUCAGGGAUUCAACGACAUAGGCUAUCACAGUUCUGACAUUAGGACUCCGGUACUGGACAAGCUGGCUGCUGAUGGGGUGAAGCUGGAGAAUUAUUACAUCCAGCCCAUCUGCACUCCAUCCCGCAGCCAACUCAUCACUGGCAGGUACCAGAUUCACACAGGCCUGCAGCACUCCAUCAUCCGGCCCCGCCAGCCCAACUGCCUACCCUUCCAACACGUCACCCUACCCCAGAGGCUGCAGGAGCUCGGCUACUCCACCCACAUGGUGGGGAAAUGGCACUUGGGCUUUUACAAGAAGGAGUGUCUGCCAACACGACGUGGCUUUGACACAUAUUUCGGCUCCCUGACCGGGAGCGUCAACUACUACACCUACAACUCCUGUGACGGCCCUGGUCUGUGUGGUUUUGAUCUCCACGAGGGCGAAACUGUCGCCUGGGAUCAGAGGGGAAAAUACUCCACCCAUUUGUACACGCAAAGGGUCCGCAAGAUCCUAGCAACACAUGAUCCCCUAUCCCAGCCACUCUUUAUCUACCUUUCCUUCCAAGCUGUUCACACACCCUUACAGUCCCCGCGGGAGUACAUCUAUCCAUACCGUGGGCUCGGCAACGUGGCUCGCAGGAAGUACGCUGCUAUGGUCUCUGCUGUGGAUGAGGCGGUUCGGAAUAUAACCUAUGCCCUCCGCAAGUAUGGUUACUACCAAAACAGUGUCAUCAUCUUUUCAACAGACAAUGGUGGUCAGCCAUUGUCCGGUGGCAGUAACUGGCCCCUCAGGGGGCGUAAAGGCACCUACUGGGAAGGUGGAGUCCGAGGUUUGGGAUUUGUCCACAGUCCUCUGUUAAGGAAGAAGAGGAGGGUUAGUAAAGCCCUGGUGCACAUUACUGACUGGUACCCCACCCUGGUACGACUGGCAGGUGGCAAUGAGUCCCUGACGAAGGGGGUGGAUGGGUAUGAUGUUUGGGAAGCCAUUAGUGAGGAGAAGGAGUCUCCCAGAUUUGAGAUCCUCCACAACAUUGACCCUCUCUAUAAUCGAGCUCGCAGCGGCUCCCUGCAGAAAGGAUAUGGGAUUUGGAAUACAGCCGUGCAAGCCUCCAUCCGAGCUGGAGACUGGAAACUGCUGACAGGAGAUCCUGGUUAUGGAGACUGGACACCACCGCCAAUGCUUCCGAGCUUCCCAGGGAGCUGGUGGAACCUGGAGCGGCACACCGAAUCCAGGAAAUCAGUAUGGCUAUUUAACAUCACUGGUGACCCCUAUGAACGUUUUGACCUCUCUGGGAAGAGACCAGAUGUUGUCAAAGAGUUGAUGGCGAGAUUGGUGUACUACAACCGCACCGCCGUCCCAGUGCGCUACCCAUCAGAGGAUCUGCGGGCUGACCCUAGCCUGAAUGGGGGUGCCUGGGUACCCUGGGUGGGAGAUGAGGAAGAGGAGAGCUGGGACACCUUUUAUCCACGGAAGAAUAAGGACUGGAAGAAAAAGCUGAAACUGUCUCAUAGUAAAUCAUUUUUCAGGAGACUCAACACCAGGAUCAUGUCGAAUAGGAUAUAAAAAAAAAAACAAAGACAGAUGAACAUCCCAAUGACUGUUUAUGCAUCCAUUUGAAGACUUAUUUAGGUCUUACUGGAAAAUGAAUGCAAGACUGUAUCAAAGACUGUAUUGAAUUUGAACCUUCAGCCGCAUGUAUCUUUUUAGAAUAAAAAAUGU